AUGGGAUGUUCCAACUCCAAAGACGAAGAAGGUUUUCGAGAUGUCGACGACUCGGUCCAUACCGGAAUCAAACUUGCCAAGAAGAGGCAAGAACAGAAAGGCGAAAUACCUGCCUACAAACCUCGAGGAGCUCAUCCAAUGCUAGAGCUGGCAAGGUCCGAACGAGAAUCCGAACAAGAAGCAGCGGCAACAUCCCAUGGCAGUUUGGAAGAAUCCUCUGGAAAGCAACAAUAA